AAGGCCUUGUAUACAAGUCUGCGCUCCCAUUCAUGCAACAUUAGCAGCUUGCGCAGACAUACACAGACGAGCCGCAUCUUUCUUAAAAUACCGAAAGAGCCGCUGCCGCCCACAACUGAAAGAAAAGAGAUAAAAGCGUCGGGACUGCGCGUCAGUAGCCACCAUGGCAGAAGCUCACCAGGCGGUGGCCUUUCAGUUCACAGUCACCCCUGAUGGCAUCGACCUACAUUUGUGCCACGAAGCCCUACGGCAGGUCUACCUCUCUGGUCUCCACUCCUGGAAGAAAAGGUUCAUCCGCUUUAAGAAUGGGGUGAUGACUGGUGUAUACCCUGGCAGCCCGGCUGGCUUCAUGAUAGUGGUUGUGUCCUACAUGUCGUACAAUAAAUAUAAACAGCUGGAUCCUUCUCUGGGGCUGAUCGCCAAACUGGGUCAACACGUCCCCAUCAGCCGAUAUAUGUCCACAGACAGCCAGAGGAUAGUUGGAGGUGUUCUGGUGGGCACGGGCCUCUGGGUCACCAUCAUAAUGAUCAUGAGGAACGUCCUAAAGAGCCUGCUGUCGUGGCACGGCUGGAUGCAGUCUCGUCACGGCUCUCUUCCCUUGUCCACGCGCAUGUGGCUGAUACUGGUGAAGAUAUUCUCUGGCAGGAAGCCWAUGCUCUACAGUUUCCAGAACUCCCUGCCUCGACUACCCGUUCCCUCUGUCAAGGACACCUGCAAAAGGUACCUUGAGUCGGUGCGCCCACUCAUGGAGGAUGAGAAGUUUGAAAGGAUGACAGCUUUAUCUAAAGACUUUGAGAAGAAUCUGGGACCCAGACUACAGUGGUACCUCAAACUCAAGUCCUGGUGGGCAUCCAACUAUGUUAGUGACUGGUGGGAAGAAUAUAUUUACCUGAGAGGCCGCGGACCCAUCAUGGUCAACAGCAACUAUUAUGCCAUGGACUUUUUGUACGUGUUCCCCACGUCCAUCCAGGCUGCCCGGGCAGGUAAUGCCAGUCAUGCCAUCAUGCUGUACAGGAGAAAACUGGACCGAGCUCAGAUCAAACCAAUAUACUUGCUGGAGAACAAGGUACCUCUGUGUUCUGCUCAGUGGGAGCGAAUGUUUAACACUUCCCGCAUCCCUGGUGUGGAGACAGACUCAAUCCAGCACGUGAAUGAGAGCAAACACAUCGUCGUGUACCAUAAGGGCCGUUUCUUCAAGGUGUGGAUGUUUUACGACGGACGGCUGCUCUUGCCACGGGAGAUAGAGCAGCAGAUGGAGCGGAUCUUGGCCGAUAAGUCUGAGCCGCUCCCCGGAGAGGAGAAACUAGCAGCACUUACUGCCGGAGAAAGGACUCCUUGGGCAACCGCCCGCAACACAUACUUCAGCCGUGGUAAGAACAAACARUCUCUGGACGCCAUAGAGAAGGCUGCCUUUGUCUUAACCCUUGAUGACACCGAGCAGCGUUACGAUUCAACCAACCAAGUCAAGUCUCUGGACAGUUACGCCAAGUCCCUCCUCCAUGGAAAGUGCUACGACAGGUGGUUUGAUAAGUCCUUUAACCUGAUCAUUUACAAAAAUGGCACCAUGGGACUGAACGCAGAACACUCCUGGGCAGAUGCUCCAAUUGUUGGCCACCUGUGGGAGCACGUACUUUCCAUGGAUCCUGUUAAACUGGGAUACGCUGAGGACGGACACUGCCGUGGGAAGCCUCACCCCAACCUGCCUGGUCCUCAAAGACUGCAGUGGGACAUUCCUGCUGAAUGCCAGGAGGUCAUAGAGGGAUCGUUGACAGUAGCCAGGGCUCUGGCAGAUGAUGUGGACUGUCACAUCAUCCCCUUUGAUGACUUCGGAAAGGGGCUGAUUAAGAAGUGUCGCACCAGUCCAGAUGCCUUCAUUCAGAUCGCCCUGCAGCUGGCCCAUUACAGAGACAAAGGGAAGUUCUGUCUGACAUACGAAGCCUCCAUGACCCGCUUGUUCCGUGAGGGUCGAACAGAAACGGUGCGCUCCUGCACCAUGGAGGCUUGUGACUUUGUCCGUGCCAUGGUCAGAAACGAGACCAGAGAGGAGUGCCUCAGGUUGCUUAAAAUAGCAGCAGAGAAACACCAAAACAUGUACCGCCUGGCAAUGACAGGACAAGGCAUCGAUCGCCACCUUUUCUGUCUCUAUGUGGUCUCCAAAUACCUGGGAGAGGACUCCCCAUUCCUCAAGGAGGUUCUGUCUGAGCCGUGGAGGCUGUCCACCAGCCAGACUCCUCUGCAGCAGGUGGAGCUGUUUGAUCUGCUCAGACACCCAGAGUUGGUGUCCUCCGGAGGUGGAUUUGGUCCAGUGGCUGACGACGGUUAUGGCGUCUCCUACAUCAUUCUUGGCGACAGCCUCAUCAACUUCCACAUCUCCAGCAAAUACUCGAGUCCAGAAACUGACUCGCGACGUUUUGGAAACAACAUCAGACAGGCCAUGCUGGACAUCCUAAGUCUUUUCCAGCUCGAUAAGAAAAACAACGAUACCAAGUGAUGAACCUCCUUAUCAGUGAAGAAAACACAAAUUAUUGUUUUAGCAAAACAGAUUUUCUUCCUGAAACUUGUACAGAAUCACCUAAUCAGUUUUGGAUUAAUUUUAAGUUAAUUAAUGUUACAUAAGGAAGGUAUUUGGGAGAGGAAACAUCGCCGUCAUCAUGCUUGUAAAGUUAUAGUGUGUACUGUAUCUGUAAGAAAGGUCAGGCUCUAGCACAGGUAGURCACAGAUCAAAAUAUUUAUUUGUAAAACUGUACUUACUGGUGCCUUGGUGACCUGCUAAUGUAAAGAAGAGUGGGAAAGGUGAAAGAUGUAAAGGUUUAAAAAGCAUCAUCUGAUAUUUAGUUGUGUUUUUAAGUUGUACGAUGGUGCAAUAUGUUCAUUAGUUGUCAUCAUUUACUUUAUGCCAUGAAGUUUCCUCUUUAGUUGCAGCUCUCGCUAAAACGGCAAACUUGAAGUUUAAGUUUUGGGUUGCAUGGUGUUCAUGCAUCUGUAAUAACAAAUUCUGAACAUUUAACUUUUAUUUGAAGUGUGACCUUGUAUCUGUGCGACUGAACACAACACAACACGCAGCUGGUGCCACUGUCUAAUCUCCAUUGCCUUUCCGACUCGACCGUGUUAGCAGGCUGUUCAGGUUCAGCUGCUGUGGUUUGAUGUUGCCGUGAGGGCAGGUGAUGCUUGGGUGUGUCUGGUUUUCACGCUCAGGCUUUGCUCAGUCUGUUUUCAAAGUGCUGACGAGAGCUCKGAACCAUUAAUGCUUGUUAGAGUUCAACUUGCAGUUGCAAUAGUAUUGAAUAUUGGAAUAACUGUCAGUGCUGAAGCCACAUUUUUCUCACCUCUGUUUUUCAACUCARCAUUUGAGCAUUUUGACCGCUAUCAUCUAAAUGAGCUGAAGGCCUUUAGGUCAGWUGGGGUCCUUUUUGAUAUUGCAAUGACAAUAAUUGUUUAUGCCGUGCAGCUGUGGUGCUGAUGCUGGUGUGCUGCAGUAGAAGCUGAAACGCACCACUGUGCUUGACUUGGUUGUAUUAAUAUAAACGAAGCAAAUUUAACUUUCGUUGUCCAAAAUCAAGCCCAAACUAUUGUUUUGGGAGKUUUUUUKKUUUUUUUUGGGAGCCGUCGAGUAUUUUUGGAGAGGGAUUUUGCGCACAGCUGUCACACUGUGAGUCACAGUGGAAGACAAAUGAAAAAACACAAUUCUGGCGUGUAUUUAAAAUGUUUGGUCAGUCAAGUGUCCCAAUCAUUUACAUGGUGGAGCGGAAUAGAAAAAUUGUAGUGCAGUUUGCGGCUGUGGCUUCAGCUUCUGUGUGCUGGGCCUGUGUCUAAUAAUACGUUGGUCGAAGGGCCAAGCUGAAGUUUUCAUGACUGUAGGAUGGAAAUGUGACUGUGUGGCCAACUGUUAUAAAACUGUUAUUGUGUUCUUUAUAAUCAGCCUUAUAGUUCAGAGUUAUCAAACUCAAUGAUUAAAAUAAACUAAACCUUACGUUUUUUUUGUUUUUUUUUCAGGGGGUGAUGGUUCAGAAUCAUUGACUUGUUUAUUUUGUUAGAGCUGUAGUUUUAUUUUAUGUUUUAAAGAAACUCAAAAGGCAGUUAUAGUUCUGGUUUGUCCUGAACUGGAAUGAGUUUUUAUGUAUAUCUUGUCAUUUCAUUCUGUUUUAUUUGACUGAGUUUUAACCUCCUAAAUGCAUACUUACCUGCUGAAUGUGGCAAACAAUGAGCACUAAGUUAAAGGUAAAUGUACACACAAGGACUCUUUUUUUUUUUUUUUUGACAUUUUGAUGAUCAAACGUUGCCAGUAUGUAUGUGGUGGUAGUUGUUGGACAGUAGAUCUCAUGUUUACACUGCUGCAUGUCUUUUUGAAGAUGAAGUUGUACAUUUUCACCUUUUAAUUUAAAAUUGAGUAAAAAAAAGAAAAAAAAAGACAAGCAGCUGAUAUACCAAACAAAGUUUUAACAAUAAAGUGAAUGUCUGCCAGCUGGA